GAGAUACCUGCUCUCUAGUAAGGGAGGUACAUUUAAUACCGUUGAGUGCGCGUCGGUGGGUAGAAAUAUCCAAGGACGCUUCGAAUGAAAAUGGCGGAAUCGAGUGUUGUCAGUGAUGUUAUAAACAUGCUCAAACCUGAGCUUAGGUCAUAUCUGUUGGCAAGAGGAAUCACUGUUACCGACUAUAAUGUGUCACAACUUCGAGAGCUCGCUAAUAAAGCAUCGGAAAUGAAAUUAUCGGUUAUAUCGCAGAAAGACGACGCCAUCGAUUCGUUCAGAAAACGCUCUACGAUUGCCCUUAAAGAUCGAGUGAUAAACUUUCCAUUUGUGUGCGAUGUAAGUUUGAAAAGUUGGACAUAUGAUUUGUCAUGCAUGCCAGACAUAGUUUGUGCAGAUAUCUUCGUCCAUUUACUCUCUAAUGCCCAGUGGACAGCAGACCGCACCAAGUGUUACAAACAAGAGAGGGGGUAUAUUUUUUAUAAAUGCAACCAUAUCAGUGCCGUUCAGUGCCAUGCAUUACCCGAAGACCAUAUGUACAUUCGAGCAAAGUGUCUGAGAGAAACUUCGCAAAGUGAAAAGCCAUACUUCGUCAGGCAACUGACUGACAGCAAUGGCACCAUCAAAUCAGCUGGAUGUGAAUGUACAGCGGAUGACGGUGGUUGUAAACACGUCGUAGCUCUCCUGUUUAGCUUAGUUGAGUGGAGUGAGAGGCAUACCGACAGGAACACAGCAACAUGUACAGAUGUCCAGUGUUUGUGGGACAAGCCGAGAAGAGAGUCGAAGCCCAAAAAACUUGAUGAUAUUAGUAAAUCUGACAUUAAUAUGGUCUAUCCUUACACACAUAUCUAUCAUUCUAUUCAUGAGGAAAAUGUUACAGAUGAUGAUUUUGAAAUGGAAAUUUUUGAGCUUAGGGUGUAG